UAUAUAUUCAUAAGCGAGGUCGUUUGGUUAGAGGCCAACGCCGUCGUUUUACUUUCACAGUCCAUGUCCAACACAAACAAAAACAAAUAUACAGUCCCCUCCAUUCUUGGUUUUCCUGAAAAAGAAGCAAAUACUACUCUGGAAUUUCAAUGGAGAACGAAGCUCAAGACGCAAGCAACAGCAACACUGCCCAAAUCAACUCCUUUUGUGAGAUCACAUCAACCUCCAAAGAAGAAGCCCUCUUCUUCCUGGAGAGCCACCAAUGGAAUCUCGACGCCGCCGUUUCUACAUUCCUUGACGACGCCAUGAACCCUACUAUCACUGCUCCCGUACUCUCGAAUCUGUCCCCCAACCAACUCUCCCCAUCCGCGUCGCCCUCGCUAUCUGGAUCUCCUGAUUACGCGCCAUCGCAGUCGGAUUCGCCACCUAGGUCUCGAUCCCCGUCCCCAGCUCCGUCUCGUGGUGCUUACAUACUCCGGCCAGGCCGUGGCGGAGAUAAGAAGCCAGCGAGGGCUGCCGGUUCCAGGAGCCGUGGAGGUGUGCGCACGCUUGCUGAUCUCGAUCAGAGCCCACGUGAUGGAUCCGGGAGUGACUCCGAUGAGCCGCAGCAAUACUAUACUGGUGGUGAGAAGAGUGGAAUGCUUGUCCAGGAUCCUACCAAAGGCAAUGAUGUGGAUGCAAUAUUUAGUCAAGCUAGACAGGCAGGAGGAGUGGAAAGACCUGCUGAUCAUUUUCAACCUUCUUCAAGCUCAAAUGCCUUCAUCGGAACAGCGAGAAGACUUUCUGGAGAGACAGUGUCAUAUGUUCCUCAGCCCCCUGAGGCUGUAAAUCAUGUUGUCACCUUCUGGAGGAAUGGCUUUACAAUAGACGAUGGUCCUUUGCGGAGGUUGGAUGAUCCUCAAAAUGCAUUAUUCUUGGAGAGCAUUAAGAACUCUGAGUGUCCUCAAGAACUAGUACCGGCAGAUAGGAGGACCCGUGUUUCUGUUGAUCUUGUGAGGCGAAACGAAGACUACUCUGAACCAGAGAGGCGUAGUAUUCCAUUCCAGGGUGCCGGAAGAACUUUAGGUAGCAGCACCUCCACUGACACUCCUCCUGCUUCUUCCAAGCCAAAUGUCGGAUCCAAUUUAAAGACUGCUCCAUUGCCAUCAGCAGGUCUGAUAGUAGAUUUAUCAUCCCCAGCAACUUCAAUUCAAAUCAGGUUGGCAGAUGGCACGCGUAUGGUUUCACGCUUCAACUACCAUCAUACAAUCAGAGAUAUUCAUGCCUUCAUUGAUGCAUCCAGAAUUGGUGGAGCCAGACAUUACCAACUUCAAACAAUGGGAUUCCCUCCUAAGCAACUGACUGAUUGGGAUGAGACAAUAGAGCAAGCUGGCGUCGCUAAUUCAGUUGUCAUCCAAAAGUUUAGCUAAUUGCUGGCGGCUUAGGACUUGAUAUUCAUUUAAUGUACUAAAAACUGUUCUUUCCCAUCGGACUGCACCAAAGAGGUUUGAAUAUAAUUAUUUUGGCAAAUGUUCCAACAAUUUGCUUUUUUUUUUUUUUUUA